AUGAGUGACUCGACAGAUGCAGGUCCAGUACCGCUCCACAUUCCUGCGAUCUUGCUCAAUCCGACCAAUCGCGCAGCUAAGCAGCUCGAAGCUCACAACGCUCAACAGAGGGAAAGGGUCCACGCGAAGAGGGACAAGCAGUCAACCCGAGGGGACGUUGUGUCAGGGAGCAAGCAGGGAAAACGGGUCAUAAGGCGAAAAGAUAAUGCCGCGUUCAUCUCCAAUCCUCAUAUCAGCCUUCCGACCAGAUCUGAUUAUUACCCCUCUGUCCCGCUACAAGCUCGUCGAGGACCAUUAUUCCCACCUGAGACAGUACCGAGAUCGAGCCAUAUCCCAUCUGUCGAGCGUCCUCCAAGAGAUCCGUUUUCGUCCGAUUCGAAGAAUGGCACGUUUGGAACCUCGCUCAAGGGUGUGAGGGCAUUGCUGAGGAACAAAGGGCGUAGGGCGGAAAAGUUGAUCUUGGUGGUGGAGAAGGAGAUCAGGGAUUGGCUAGAUGGAAGAGAGUGGAUCAAUGCCGAGGGAAUGAAGGAAAAGGACACUGUAGAGUCCAGCGAGGACGAGACAGACGAGCCACAGUCAUAUGCCUCGGGAUCCACUUGGAGACUGAUCGAUCCGACUCUGGUGGAGAUCACCGGAUCCAAAUCCAACGGUGCAGGUCCUUCGAGGAGACUUCCGGAACAGCAUCAGGUCCGAGAUGUGCUCCCUAGACUCCCAUCGGAAGGCUCGCACGUGGCCGCAGUGUUGGAAUUAUCCAGAUCCCCUGCGCAUCUCACCUGGACCAUUGCGGAUGGAUUCGAACGACUGGUUGUUCACCUGCUCGCAAGGUAUUAUGACCUUGUUUCGUGGAGCGAGGAUCACCAGGAUGACCAGAAUCUUCCCAUCCGUCUAACACACAUUAUCAUUCCACAGCUCGUCCGACCUGCGGCCCUUCCUCCAUCUCAUCUCUUACCCACUCCUGAAACUUCCGACGUUUCAUCUCACUCCGAAGCUUCGACGGACCGCGAGACAGAAUCGGAAGCAUCAGAUACAGAGACCGAACUGGGUGGUUACUCGCUCGACCCUGACAUUUCACAAUCCACUAUCCAACCAGGUCAGUUACCCUGGGAUCAGCAGAGCGAUCCAGGAGUCAAUGGCAUUAGGACGCCUGGGAUAGAGGACGCCAUGGCAGAGCUAGACCUGAAGGGAGGGAUGAUACGGCUAAAUGGCCUAGAGAGGGUUUGGUCACAUGAUUCGUCCUCCGCUUUUGGAUCUUCAGAGGGAGGCUCUUCCGACUGGGAUCCAAUGACGGAUAGUCUGGAGCUGCCGCCUCGAUCAAGACAACUGCAAGGUUCACUGAAUGGGGUGAUCGACGACUCUGCUUCGGAGCAGAGCUUUAACCUCAAUCCUGAAUCGCACAGCGCAGCUCAGCAUCAUUUGAACGGGCUAGCUCAGAGGGCGUUGAGGGGCAGGGGUCGGGGCUGGGAGGACCGCCCGACGUUUUUCGAUUAUCUUUACGGAGAGUGA